AUGAAAUUCCUAACUACCAAUUUUGUCAAAUGUGCUGUAAAAGGUUGUCAAUCAUCUUUAGAUUCUUUCCCAUUAAAAUAUGAAGAAUGUCAAUUAGUACAAGAAGAACAAGAUUAUAAUCCAGAAUUCAUUGUUCAUAUGUUAGAUAGAUUAGAUUGGAAUGCUAUAAUACAAGUUGCCAAAGAUUUAGGAAAUGAAUCAUUACCACCAACCAAACCAGAAGAUUUAGAUCCUAUUAUGGAAGAUAAUCAAGCUAUUUUAAAAGAUUUACAUACUUUAUUGGUGGAAACACAAAUCAUUGAAGGGAAAAUGAUUUGUAAAAAUUGUCAACAUAUUUAUUAUAUUAAAAAUUCCAUACCUAAUUUCCUUUUACCACCUCAUUUAACUAAUUAA